AUGGGCCGCCCAGAGCGGGGCGCGCUCCGGCCGCUGGCGCUGUUGCUGCUGCUACUGCUGCUGCUGCAGCUCCAGCAUCUCUCCGCAGCGGAUCCGCUGCCCGGCGGCCAAGGGCCGGUCAAGGAGUGCGAAGAGGACCAGUUUCGGUGUCGGAACGAGCGCUGCAUCCCCUCGGUGUGGAGAUGCGACGAGGACAACGACUGUUCAGACAACAGCGACGAGGACGACUGCCCCAAGAGGACCUGCGCAGACAGUGACUUUACCUGUGAUAAUGGCCACUGCAUCCCAGAGCGCUGGAAGUGUGAUGGCGAGGAGGAGUGUCCUGACGGAUCUGAUGAAUCCAAGGCCACUUGUUCCAGGGAAGAGUGUCCUGCUGAGAAGUUAAGCUGUGGACCCACCAGCCACAAGUGUGUGCCUGCCUCAUGGCGUUGUGAUGGAGAGAAGGACUGUGAGGGUGGAGCGGACGAGGCCGGCUGUCCUACCUUGUGCGCCCCGCACGAGUUCCAGUGCAGCAACCGCUCCUGCCUGGCCUCUGUGUUCGUGUGUGAUGGCGACGAUGACUGCGGCGACGGCAGUGACGAGCGCGGCUGCUCGGACCCGGCCUGCCCGCCCCGGGAGUUCCGCUGUGGAGGAGGCGGUAGCUGCAUCCCCGAGCGCUGGGUCUGCGAUCGCCAGUUUGACUGCGAGGACCGCUCGGACGAGGCAGCCGAGCUCUGCGGGCGAGCCGGCCAGGAGACCACGGCGGCAGCCUGCGCCCCCGCCGCCCAGUUCACCUGCCGCAGUGGCGAGUGCAUACACCUGGGCUGGCGCUGCGAUGGCGACCGCGACUGCAAGGACAAGUCUGACGAGGCCGACUGCUCACCAGGACCCUGCGGUGAGAAUGAGUUCCAGUGUGGGGAUGGGACUUGUGUCCUUGCAAUCAAACGCUGCAACCUGGAACACGACUGCCCAGAUGGGAGCGAUGAAGCUGGCUGCCUGCAGGAGUCAACUUGUGAGGGUCCCCGCAGAUUUCAGUGUAAGAGUGGCGAGUGCGUGGACGGCGGGAAAGUGUGUGAUGAUCAGAGGGACUGCCGGGACUGGUCGGAUGAGCCUCAGAAAGAGUGUGGGCUGAACGAGUGUCUGCACAAUAAUGGCGGCUGUUCCCAUAUCUGCACUGACCUCAAGAUUGGCUUUGAGUGCACAUGCCCAGCAGGCUUCCAGCUCGUGGACCAGAAGACCUGUGGCGACAUUGAUGAAUGCCAGGACCCAGAUGCCUGCAGCCAGAUCUGUGUGAAUUACAAGGGCUACUUUAAGUGUGAGUGCCACCCUGGCUAUGAGAUGGAUACACUGACCAAGAACUGCAAAGCUGUAGCUGGCAAGAGCCCAUCCCUAAUCUUCACCAACCGACACGAGGUACGCAGAAUAGACCUGGUGAAGCGGGACUACUCGCGUCUCAUCCCCAUGCUCAAGAAUGUUGUGGCACUGGACGUGGAAGUAGCUACCAAUCGAAUAUACUGGUGUGACCUUUCCUACCGCAAGAUCUAUAGCGCCCACAUGGACAAGGCCAGUAUCCCGGACGAGCAGGUGGUCCUCAUUGACGAGCAGCUGCACUCUCCAGAGGGCCUGGCAGUGGACUGGGUCCAUAAGCACAUCUACUGGACCGACUCUGGCAAUAAGACCAUCUCAGUAGCCACAGUCGAUGGCCGCCGCCGAUGUACUCUCUUCAGCCGCGAACUCAGUGAGCCCCGAGCCAUUGCUGUAGACCCCCUGCGAGGGUUCAUGUACUGGUCUGACUGGGGGUUCAAGGCAAAGAUUGAGAAAUCUGGGCUCAAUGGUGCAGACCGGCAGACACUGGUUUCAGACAGUAUUGAAUGGCCCAAUGGAAUCACCCUGGACUUGCUGAGCCAGCGUCUGUACUGGGUGGACUCCAAGCUGCACCAGCUGUCCAGCAUUGACUUCAACGGAGGCAACAGAAAGAUGCUGAUUUUCUCCACUGACUUCCUGAGUCACCCUUUUGGGAUAGCUGUGUUUGAGGACAGGGUAUUCUGGACAGAUCUGGAGAAUGAGGCCAUCUUCAGUGCAAAUCGGCUCAAUGGCCUGGAAAUCUCCAUCCUGGCUGAGAACCUCAAUAACCCACAUGACAUUGUAAUCUUCCAUGAGCUGAAGCAGCCAACAGCUGCAGAUGCCUGUGAACUGAGUGCCCAGCCCAAUGGCGGCUGUGAAUACCUGUGCCUUCCUGCUCCUCAGAUCUCCAGCCACUCUCCCAAGUACACGUGUGCCUGUCCUGACACGAUGUGGCUGGGCCCAGACAUGAAGAGAUGCUACCGAGCACCUCAGUCUACCUCAACUACAACGUUAGCCUCUGCUAUGACAAGGACAGUACCUGCCACCACAAGAGCUCCUGGGACAACCAUCCAUGACCCUACCGACCAGAACCACAGUACAGAGACACCAAGCCGGACAGCUGCUGUCCCACACUCAGUUAGUGUCCCCAGGGCUCCCAGCAUCAGCCCGUCCACCCUAAGCCCUGCAACCAGCAACCACUCCCAACACUAUGGGAAUGAAGGCAGCCAGAUGGGCUCCACAGUCACUGCUGCUGUCGUCGGGAUCAUUGUGCCCAUAGUGGUAAUAGCCCUGCUGUGUAUGAGUGGGUACCUGAUCUGGAGAAACUGGAAGCGGAAGAACACCAAGAGCAUGAAUUUUGACAACCCAGUAUACAGGAAAACAACAGAAGAAGAAGAUGAAGACGAGCUUCAUAUAGGGAGGACUGCUCAGAUUGGCCAUGUCUAUCCUGCAGCAAUCAGCAGCUUUGAUCGCCCACUGUGGGCAGAGCCCUGUCUUGGGGAGACCAGAGACAUGGAAGACCCAGCCCCUGCCCUCAAGGAGCUUUUUGUCUUGCCGGGGGAACCAAGGUCACAGCUGCACCAACUCCCGAAGAACCCUCUUUCCGAGCGGCCUGUCGUCAAGUGCAAGCGAGUGGCAUUAAGUCUUGAAGAUGAUGGACUGCCCUGAGGAUGGGACCACCCCCUUCGUGCCUCAUGGAGUUCAGUCCUAUGCACUACUCUCUGGAUGGUGUGUGCCUGGAUGAGUGCCAUUUCUAUAUAUGGGUCUGUGUGAGUGUGUGUGAAUGUGUGUGUGUGUGUGUGUGACUUUUUUUAAAUUUAUGUUGCGGAAAGGUAACCACAAAGUUAUGAUGAACUGCAAACAUCCAAAGGAUGUGAAAGUUUUUAUAUGUAUAAUGUUUUAUACACUUUUUAACUGGUUGCACUACCCAUGAAGAAUUCAUGGGACAGCUCCUGCUGAGUGACUAACAUGAUGUAUAUAACCAAACGGGGCCAAUGGGACAAACUUGACUCGUCAUUUGAAUACUAUAUUUACAGAGGACAUUUGUUUUGAUUUGAGGGCUUUUUUAGUUUGGGGGGCUUGGUUUUUUGUAAAUAAAAUUAUGCUUUGUGGCUAUCCAUCAACAUAAGUAUAAAAAGAAAGAACACUUCAACUUCCUUCCUCAUUUAGAUUAUUUAUUAACAUAUUUCAAAAGCAAGGUUAGCUCUAUAGAUAAGUUAGAGAAGUGAGAGUAUUUAUUUUUGGUAUGACUGGCCCACUGCACAGACUCUGUGUUUAUGUGUGUAUGUUUGUAUGAAAGAAAAAAAGAAUCUGUAGAGAAGAGGCACACCCAUGACUAUUGUUCAAAUACAUAAAAAACAAAAUUAUUUUAAAACAGCCCACAAGAGGCAUAUCUAGUUUUCAGAGACACCUUCCGAAACUUCAUUCAGAAAAUAGAUGCCACAGUUUGCGCAGACAUGUGGUGGGAAAAGGUAGAUCUUUUCACCUCCGGCUACUCCUGAGUACUUGGUGAGCCAGCAAGAAGCUUUUCAGCUUGUCCAUGGCUGUUAUGACACCUGCCUGAGCUUUCUGACCUGUGGUUUAGGUCAGUAUACAGAUAGUACACAGUGCCAGAAGUCCUCUUAAAGUUCAGCUCUCUGUGAGGACUCAGGUUGACUUUCCUCUGAAGCACCUGAAGGCUGAGCCUCUAGACAGCAGUUCUCAACCUGUGGGUCAUGACUCCUUUGGGGGCCAGAUGACCCUUUCACGGGGGUCACCUAAGACCAUUGGAAAACACAGAUAUUUACAUUACGAUUCAUAACAGUAGCAAAAUUACAGUCAUGAAAUAGCAACAAAAAUAAUUUUAUGGUUGGGGGUUACCACCACAUGAGGAACUGUAUUAAAGGGUCCCAGCAUUAGGAAGGUUGAGAACCGCUGCUCUUGAGCUAAGUGAAGACAUUUCUAGGAUUCCCAAAUUUACUGUAAGAACUGGCUCAGGCACUGAACCUCCGAGUCGCUGUGGAUGAGGACAAAGAUUUUGGAAUAGGUUUGAUUAAAUCUCUGUUUCUCCAUCCCCUUACUUUCUACCAUUUUCUUAAGUAGGGGAAACAUUUUAAAAUAAUAAACAUGUUUCUUACCAUCAUAUGUUCACAUAGAUAAAACUAAAUCCAUAAAGGUUACCACAUCCAAAGUUAUAUUUGGGGGGAAAUAACAUAGGAGAUAUAGCAUACUGAGCAUGUGUCCACACAAGGAUUUGUUUUACUGCUUUAUAAAUAAAGGGAAACUCUGGGUAUUUAUA